AUGCCAGACUUGAGUGACGACCAAGGCGGGUCGGCUUUGCAGCCGCCAGGUCAAACGCAAAACCACGCCCACCAAUCGAGCGUCCCCACGAACGGCGCCGUUCACGGGUCCACGGCUUCAGGAAAUGGCCUCGCGCCUCAAGCUACCGCUGCAGGAGGACAGGCUGGCUCCGCGACAGCCGUCAAUCGCCACGAGUCGUCGCGAGCUCGGCACCACCACCAGGGCUCGUCCUCCACAAAAUCUUAUACAUCAUCGGGGCCGACGGUCGUUGGGGGGCAUUUCAAGGUUGGCAAGAAAAUUGGGGAAGGCAGUUUUGGUAUCAUCUACGAGGGGACGAACCUCAAGACCAACGAACAGAUCGCAAUCAAGUUCGAGCCGAGGAAGGCCGAAACACCACAGCUCCGUGACGAAUACCGGACAUACAAACUGCUCGUUGGGCUUCCUGGUAUUCCAAAAUGUUAUUAUUUUGGGCAAGAAGGUCUCCAUUCGGUUCUGGUCUUGGAACUCCUCGGACCCAGUUUAGAGGACGCCUUCGACCUUUGCGGACGGCACUUUACUCUGAAGACUGUGUGCAUGCUGGCUAAGAAUAUGAUUCGGCGAAUGCAAACAGUGCAUGAAGGGAACCUCGUCUACCGGGAUAUUAAGCCGGAUAACUUUCUCAUCGGGCGGAUACCACGUUUCAACGAAAAAGUAACAGACGACCCCAGUUCCCCAGACCCGUACUCGAUUGUGCAGAACCACUCGCCCCAACACCCAUCGCCAUGCUCCCUACUGUAUCUCGUUGACUACGGUAUGGUUAAACAGUACCGCGACCCUCGCACGCACAUCCAUAUCCCUUUUAGGGAGAAAAAGUCCUUGUCAGGCACCGCGCGAUACAUGUCGAUUCACACACAUCUUGGCAGAGAGCAAGGCCGUCGCGAUGACAUCGAAGCGUUAUGCCACGUCUUUUUUUAUCUUCUCAAUUCCCACCUCCCCUGGCAAGGGUUGCGGGCGAACUCGAACAGGCAAAAGUACGAACGAAUCGGAGAAGUGAAGCAGGCCGUGAGCAUCGAGGCUCUGGGCCAUCCGAACCCCCCAGAGUUUGGAUAUCUACUUGACUACGCAAGAAAUAUGAAUUUCGACGAAGAGCCUAAUUACGAAGGCAUGAUUGACAUGAUCGACCAGGUUAUGAAGCGACACGGGCUUGAGGAUGACGGGCUCUACGAUUGGCUUGAGGUCCUUGACCAGGAGCGCGCGGCGAAGCGCCGUAGAGAUGAAAUCCGUGCCACCAUGAGUGAAGAGGAGCGGAGAGAAGACGAACGCAGGGAGAGGGAGGAGCGAGUGGAAAAGGAACGUGCGCUCCGCGUCCGACAGGAGGAGGCGCGGCAGCGAUACGAGCGGAAGAUCGUGCACUCGUCUCCUGCCCUAAUGAACCGCAUUCACUACUUCCCUUCCUUCGUUUCGUCUCAAAAUGCCGCCCGGGUGAAUGACGCGAAGAUCCCGCCUAUCGUCAAGCAGCCCCCCGUAGACCCAGCGACCCGCCAAUCAUCCGCUGCGCUUCAUAAGAACCCACUGACCGCCGGCACCGCGGCAGGAUCGUCGGUUGCGGGCUCUCCGCGGGCGGACCCCGCCUCCUCGAUCUCCACCGCCGCUGCUGGGCGUGCAUCUGCGCAGCAAGUCAAAACCACUGGUGGGGCCGGCCAUCUGGAAACGCCACCGCAGGCGGUGGCAGCGUCUGCAGCGGCCGCACAACACCACGCUAUUGGCCCGACAACGACGGCAGGCGAGGCAGCUGCCCAAGCGACGGAUGGCGGCCGCCGGAAGAAGCGGAAGUGGUACAAGCGGAUGUUCGGUUGUUUUGGACGCCACGAGAGCGAUUGA